UGAACCUCGACAUCCAGAAUGGGAAUGCUCCCCACCUAUGCUGUUUAUCAAGCUUCUUUCUCGGUCUUUCUGUUAACAAGCGCAUCAGCGAUAAAGUCAUCCCACACCCGCGGGACCGCCAUGGCGAUACCCAUUGACAACAGGGGAAUCCGACUGAAGCUCCGUAUCGUCACGCGGAUAGGCGAUGAGCCUACAAUAAUGGGUAUCGGAUCGGCUGGUGGUAGCCGUGGACGAGGCUUAUACAUGGCACUACUCCCAGAUUCACGUGGGGAUAGCUCGGGACAGGCUCGUGUAUUGAGGCAUCCAACUGUUGGCAGCGUCCCCCGGGCUUGACUCUCUCGUACGUGUUGGUUACGACUCCGGGGUCAAGACGGGCCGGAUAUCCCAGUUCCCCGAAGAGAAUUCCCCGCUCAGAGUAUCUGCGUUAUGCAUCUCUAUGAGCAGCCAAGCGGUCGGCCUGCAAUUUCCGCGGCCUUGAAUAGGGAAAUACUCCGUCGUAGGGCUCAGACCAAUUCAACCAGCCAUUCACUUGGGGCAGCCGGAAAUCGCGAAACUUCUGGUC